GCCUUUCUUUCUGAAAAAGAGAGCAAACGAUGAGAAAAUACUCAUCUUUUCCGACCCUUUUCCCCUUCCUUCUGCUAUCCCUCCUCUUCUCCCCUUCCAACCCCGACCCCGACCUCCUCGUCGACUACUGCGUUGCCGACACCUCCCCCGCCGGCCAGUCCCUCCACCUCAACGGCCUCCCCUGCCUCGACCCCGCCCUCGCCCGCCCCUCCCACUUCGCCACCUCCAUCCUCUCCAUGCCCGGCAACACCGCCGCCAACCCCUUAGGCUUCAACGUCACCCUCACGACUGCCGCCGCCCUCCCCGGGGCCAACGCCCAGGGCCUCUCCCUCGCCCGCGUCGACCUCGCCGGCGGCGGCCUCGUGCCCCCCCACGCCCACCCCCGCGCCUCCGAGGUCGCCCUCCUCCUCCAUGGCGACCUCCUCGUCGGAUUCGUCGACACCUCGUACCGCUUCUUCACCCAGCGGUUGAGGCCGGGGGACGCCUUCGUUUUCCCGAGGGGGCUGGUUCAUUUCUUGUACAAUUUGAAUCCGGUGGCGCCGGCGGUGGCGGUGUCGGGGCUCAACAGCCAGAAUCCGGGGGUUCAGAUGAUGCCGCUGGCGGCGUUCCGGUCGGAUCCAAGGAUUCCGGAGGUGUUGAAGAAGACCUUCAAAAUUUCCGCGCAGGAUAUGCACAGGAUUCAGAAGAAUCUUGGGGGGUUAGAUACUGGUCUUGUUUGAAUGUCGGAUAUGAUGACGAGUUAAGAGUUGCAUUAUAAACAACAUACGUUUACAAAUGGAGAUUUGUUGAGGACCGACAUCUAAAUCUGUCCUACGAUGGAAAUGGAAAAUGCGAAACCAACUUACAUCAUAUGUAGACCAAGAUCGCCUGCAAGCUAUCCAAAAUCACUAAGCACCCCUCCACAUGUUGGCAAGAAAUAUUUGUUUGGACCAGGUCCACCACUGAGCUUGUGGUCCAGUCCAACCAGAACGCAACAACAAAAUGAUCCCUCAGAUCAUCAGCC